UGUUUGCUUUGGCUGGGCUCUCCAAUGGAUGGAAAGAUUGCUAUUAGUGAACAAAAAAAAGCGUUGCUAUCAUCAAUGAAAGCUCUGUUGAAAAAUAACCAAGAAGAACACGAAAUGUUAAAAAUAUGGAAGAGCAUUAAAAAUUAUAGAAAGAACAACGUGUUGUUUUUAAGAGGGCAAGAUUUUUUUUCAAGUGUUGUUGGUGGCUUAACAGAUCGCGAAUUCGAGAAAGAAAAUAAAGAGGUCAUGGAAAAUGAAGAAGCUAUGGAGGAAGUUCAACAAGGCGCAUACGUCGAGCCAAUUAUUCAAUAUGAAAGGAAAUUUCAAAUAUAUAAUAAAACAGACAAAGAACAAGACACAAUUCAUCAUGCUUCAUCUCCAGAAAUCCCACAACGUUCUCCUGCGGAACAGGGCGCAUACGUCAAGCCAAUUAUUCAAUAUGAAAGGAAAUUUCAAAUAUAUAAUAAAACACGAACAGCGAGAAAUCACCAUGCGAUCACACAAUCAAAAGGAAGAUGGAAUGAUGAGAACCUGCGAAGAUUGUCAAUACUGGCGCUGGAGAUAAUUGUGUUUUGGAGACAAAGAAGAAUUCGAGCCAAUGAAGAAAAUCAAACAAAAAUUAGAAUCAGAACUUGCGGAGUGAUGGGUCUCAAUGACGAAGAGGAAGCAAAUCUGAAAGAUGUAGAGCUUGGGAGGUUGUUAGAUUUUGCCUUAGACAUGGUCAGUAAAUUGGAGUCAUUGGAUGAACAACAGCUUAGGCGCAUAGUACGAUUAGCUGUAGACAUUGAUGAGGCGUUUGUAAACAUCUGGAGGGGUUUGAAAUCUCAGAAGGAUGAGUGA